UCUGACUCACGAAACUCUGUUUUCAUCAUCACACUCACCCGACGCCAGACACCACCACCACGAUCUCUUGAUGGCCAGCCUAUGGCGAGCGGUGAUGGGCGAUUCGCCACCCAACGUCGAUGAUUACGACGGCGUCGAGUACUGGUCAAACCCCGAGCGAACCGGCUGGCUCACCAAGCAAGGCGAGUACAUCAAGACCUGGCGCCGCCGUUGGUUCGUUUUGAAACAAGGCAAACUCUUCUGGUUCAAGGAGGGCAUCGUAACCCGCGGAUCACGUCCCCGUGGCGUCGUGCCAGUCGCCACCUGCCUCACAGUCAAAGGAGCCGAAGAUGUCCUCAACAAGCAGUUCGCUUUCGAGCUAUCUACCCGAUCCGAUACUAUGUACUUCAUCGCCGAUUCUGAAAAGGAGAAGGAGGAUUGGAUCAAUUCAAUUGGACGCUCAAUUGUUCAGCACUCGAGGUCUGUUACUGAUAACGAGAUCGUUGAUUAUGAUAGCAACAGAUAAUUUUAUUAAAUCACUGCUUUUCUGAAAUUUACAUGUAAAAUUAGGUAUGAUGCUCUUUCAUCCUUUAUGUUUAUGCUUCCUUUGUUUGAGUAUGAAUCAAAUUAUUGUCUCUCCAGUUUGGUAAUUAUAAAUUUAACGAUUUCAA